CCUCCCAUUCUAACCAUGCAAUGCGCAGCUCCGGGAGUGCACAGCGUGGCGAUCAGCGCUGCGCUGUGUCCCUCGGAAAGAGCCGAAGAUGUAGGCUCGGUCAUGUGAUCAGCUGUGCCCAAUCACAGCUGAUCACAUAGCACUGAUGAUCUGUGUAGCCCCAGCAGUGCCACCUGUCAGUGCUCAUCCAUGCCACCUGCCAGUGCCCAUCACUACAACAUUUCCGUGCCCACCAGUGCCCAUCUGAGCUGCCUUUCAGUGUCACCCAUCAGUGCCACCUAUCAAUGCCAGUCAGUGCCACCUAUCAGUGCUGCCAGUGCCACCUAUCAGUGCCAGUCAGUGCUGCCUAUCAGUGUGCACCAGUGCCGCCUAACAGUGCCAGUCAGUGCCGCUUAUCAGUGCCAUACUGUAUAUGAGUGCUACCUUUCAGUGCCCAUCAGUGAUGCCUGUCAAUGCCCAUCAGUGCCACCUUCCAGUGCCUCCAUCAGU